AUGUCGGGCAAAUAUGCAUUCACUACGGCUCUCAAGGAGGUCCGAUUCCUCUUCUGCCAAACGGGCGAGCACAGUGCUGCGACGAGAUCAUUCCUGAUGAGAGCAUAUCCGACCAUGAAGAAGAGCAACCCCAACACCCCCAUCAUGCUGCGCGAAGCGGCUGGCACCCUGCCCAGGGUGUAUGCACGAUACGCUCUCGGAAAGGAGAAGAGCCAGAGCUUGGAGGGGUUGUCGGAUAAGCAGAUCGAGGACGCUGUCACAACGCUCGUUAAGGAGGAGGCUGUAUGA